UUCCGGCCGUCCUUCUCGCUCGAUCGCUCGUUGGAACCCCGCGCGAAAUCGCCGGUAACCGAAUACCCUCGUGGACUUGGCGCGGCGUCGUUCCCGGUUUCGAGGGUCUGGGCUCCCGAUUACGUACGUCACGGUCCCGUCAUUUGGGUGGUUUUGGGAAGGAGCGGAUUUUUACACUCCCGGGAUUUGGAAGUAGUUCACUCCAUCCUUCUGACGAACUCCUCCAUGCUGCUGCUUAAUCUUUUGCUAUAAAUGUGGUUUGGCUUUGGAGAUGAGAAGUUCGCAGGAAGCCCACGCUUAAUGGACUGCUCACCCAACAGCAUCAGCGAUAAGAAGACUCUGAAGCGGUGGUUCUUUAUAGACAAGAGGGUUGGGUAAAGAAAGCCAGGUUAAAGACGCCUAGAUCAACAUUCUGACCAAGUGACUGUUUAAAGCAUUCGUUUUGGUUUAGAGUAUAUAUACACCGUAGCAAGAAAUCUGGAUCCAAUGGAAAUGAAGCCUAAUCAUGCUUCUCCUGUUCUUACUGAUCCUGCUCCUGUUACCAAGUCAAGGCAUGGCAUCCACUCCAGCUGGUUGCCUCAGCAUGGAGCACCAUGUCCCUCGAGCAAGUACACAACAAUUCCGUGGAAAAAGCCCGGAAUACUAGAUGAUGUCCGUUCCAAUGGCUGGCUCGAUGCCAUGAAAGCAUCCUCUCCCCCUCGCAAAAAGCUUGUCAAGGAUUUCGUUCUUGAAGUUGCCGUAGAUGACUCUGAUGCUGCUUAUGCAUCCUGGAUGCUUAAGCAUCCUUCAGCUCUCAGUUCUUUUGAGCAAAUAGUUGGGCAGGCUAAGAACAAGACGGUAGCGAUGUUUCUGGACUAUGACGGUGUUCUGUCUCCAAUCGUUGAUGACCCAGAUUGGGCACUAAUGUCUGAUGAUAUGCGUAAAGCUGUAAAGAGUGUCGCGGAUCACUUUCCUACCGCAAUUAUCAGUGGAAGGAGUCGUGACAAGGUUUACAAUUUGGUAGAACUAACUGAACUUUACUAUGCUGGUAGUCAUGGAAUGGACAUUAUGGGCCCUGUCAACAACAGUGUGUCCAAUGACCACCCAAGCUGUGUUAAAUCAACUGACCAACAGGGCAAGGAGGUAAAUCUCUUCCAGCCUGCUAGAGAAUUUUUACCCGUGAUUGAUGAGGUUUUUAGAACCCUCGUCGAAAAUACAAAGGGUAUCAAAGGCGCAAAAGUUGAGAAUCACAAGUUUUGUGCCUCUGUACAUUAUCGUAAUGUAGAUGAAAAGAAUUGGCCAGUUAUUGCUCAGUGUGUUCAUGAUAUUUUGAAAGAGUAUCCUCGUUUGCGGUUAACACAUGGACGGAAGGUUUUAGAGGUCCGUCCAGUGAUCGACUGGAACAAGGGAAAGGCAGUGGAGUUUUUGCUUGAUUCUCUUGGGCUGAGUGACUGUGAAGAUGUGCUUCCGAUCUAUAUUGGGGACGACAAGACAGAUGAAGAUGCAUUUAAGGUGCUGCGAGAAGGAAAUUGUGGUUUUGGUAUACUAGUAUCUUCAACACCUAAAGAAACUAGUGCUGUUUACUCGCUCAAGGAUCCAUCAGAGGUCAUGGAUUUUUUGGAGUCCCUGGGCAAUUGGAAGAAGACCGAAGAAGCGGGGAAUGAUUGGGAAUCGAAUGCACCUCAACAAAGUUCAUUGCAGAAAGCAGAUUAGAUCAAGGCUCUCGUGUUGUUCUUCUUCCUGCUUACAAUAAAAGGAGGCAUUUCGCUUUCGAUAUGUUCUUUUCCGGGCAACCAGGUCUUAUUCUUUUUUUUUCGUCCGAAGGUCCUUCCAUCAGCUCCGCACGCGUUUAUAUUUGCCGAGCAGAUGGGAUGUGAAUGUGCUAAAUAAGGGUUGGUUCAUUUCGCAGUCCAGUCAUUACUAAUUAUUGAUACAGACAAUUGCAGAGGGAAUCGCAUGUGGAUGGAUGGUGGCGGUUUUUCAGUUUAUAACUGUGUAUUCCUUCCCGUCUUUGAAACGGUGUCGGUCAGUCUUGUUCGUUUGAGUCUCUCUGCUGAGUUCUGUGAUUUGUGUAAAAAAAGCAAACAGAAGAUAGUGAAAUGGAACAAUUCUGGAAAGAAAA